GCAGUGGCCAUAAACAAAUCCAACAACACAACUCCGACCGAACAUGUGGGAUUCGCGAGCUCCUUCAAAUAUUCUUCUGAUUUGAUUGUUGUUGUUAUUGUUCGACGUUACCAUUGAUUGAUUAUUUCAUAGCAUUUCCAAAAUGGCUAAAUUAAACUCCUGUUAUCCCCUGUGUCCCCUUAUCGAUAGAAGUCCUAUCGGUGUAACCUCAGAUUCUGACUCUGGGUGUGCAAUUGUAACCCUCGGUAAAAACAUUGUCAUUCGAUACACAUUAGCUGACCAGAAGCAGGCAAGCAGUUGGAGUAGUAAGGACAAACUUACAGCUCCUGUCAUAUAUGACCAUGUGGGGAAGAAAUAUGUUGCAGUUUUUAAUCAGAGUAUCAUCAAGGUGUGGGACAACACAGAUGUAGACCUGAACAAAUUAAAAAAACACAAGUUUGAUCAUCCUAUUCAUUCUUUAGUUAGCCGAGAGAGAAACGCUGAACCUGUAGUGAUAUUUAAAAAUGGUGCCUCAUUAUCAUUUUCUCAAGCCUUAGUAGACAGAAAAAAAAAUUUAUCAGGCUCUUUGCCAACAAAAAUGUCUAUUAAAGAGUGUUUUUUUAUCAGACUUGAUGAUAUUGGUUGUAUUGCUAUUGUAGCUGAAAAUGACAAGGGAGUGACUUCAUUUGUAAUUGUGGAAGUGGAUAGUGAAAGAAAGCCUCUUCACAAUAUACCAAUUGUUCGUCCAGACAAGAAACUUCUUGGUCUAACAACCAUGCAGGCAGAAGGAACUGCUUUUCUUGUAACGUUUUGGAGUGAUGGGCAACUCUUCUCUCUUCCUUUGGCAAAAAGCGUUAGAAGUGAAGAGGGUGUUGGCUCCUCCAUAUGUACUCUGAAUGCUGUUAGUGUGAAGAAUGCUGUUGCUAUGACUCAAAUAGCAACUAAUCACCUUGCUAUUUAUGGGGCAGACCCAAGUGAAGAAGGGGCAAUGCUUGUGAUUGUAAAUACCCAAUUCAUGCUGGUGCAGGCUCAUCAGCAUUACAAGAUGUUCUCAAACAACACAAAUCUUUGGACUAUUGGUCCAAAUUUGUUGCUGGUGGUUGGUCAUAGUCUGGCUGUUGUGCCUUUCCUAUUAGACACUGAACACUUGUGUGCUCUCAUUGGAACUCACAAGCCACUGCAAUUGACAGAUCACAAAGCAAGUGAAGUAGAACAAGUUCUGGAAAUGACAACUGUAUCUUGGGACAAAAAUAUUGGCAAAAAAGUUGCAGAUACAACAUUAAAAGACUUUCAGAAAAUGCAGCCAGUAAAUGUGAAAAUGCUUGCGGAUCAAGGAUACUCUCAAGCUAUGUUGUGUGAAAAGUUAGUUGCGUCAUAUCUUGAGGAAACAAAUCUUUCAGGUAUUGUCUGGCUGCUCCAAUUUUUGCCAGACUUUCCUGAAUCGGCACUUGUCACCGUUCUAGCUUUCUGCUUGGAUACUCCACCAGCUGCCUUCAGAAAAUUAAAAUAUGACAAACGUAAAUUUCAUUAUCUGAUUGAUAUGGAUGGUGAUAGCCAGAAUGGGCUUGUUGAGUUGUCAGACAAACAGCGGGUGGUUCUGGAUAUUAUCAUCAGGACGUCUUUCAGUGAAGCAAUCAUCUUGCCCCAUCUCCGAUCUAAACUAAACCUUCAACACUGUUUGGCAUUGCUGCAGUACAUCGCUCAAUGCUUGCCGCAGAUAAAAAAUACCACAGAUGCCCAGGCACUAAUGCGGUGGGCUGCCGUUCUGUUGGACAGCCACUACCAACAGCUUUUACUGUCUACAGAUGAAUGUGUUUCCAGCACAGUGCAUGCCCUCAAGGAUCUUGUGGAAUCCCAGGUGGAAUACAUAGAUGAGUUGAAAGUACUUGAUCCUAUUUUGAGAAGAAUACAGUCUGGUCAAGCAUUACAAAAACCUAAUAUUGUUCAAAAUAUGUUUUAUUCAAUAGAAACUUUGCGGUUGUACUAAUCCUACAUUUAAUAAACUGCAUUUGUGUAAAU